AUGAAGUCCAGUUUUCCUUACUGUUACCAUAUUAAUGGUAACAGAAAUGACAAGUACUUCUUGUUCUGGCUGCGGACGAUCAAAACGUAUUGUGAGGAUGGAAACAGCAAAAACCCAAAGGCCAACCCAGUCAUCCUGAUCGCCUCUCAUUCUGACUGCAUACAGUACCAGACAUUAGAAGCAACCGGUUCACAAAUUGAACACAUCCAAUUCUAUGAGGCAUUAGAGAAGUUUUUGUCCGAAGAACACCUAUUGAAAGGUUACGUUUCUCCCGAACGUUUUUUUGAAAUUGAAUGUCCACCACAGAAAAAAUUGAACAAAGAUCAAGCAGAGAUUAUAGAAAAUGUCAGAAAAUGUAUUGUCAAUACGGCAAGAAGUCUUGAGAACUGGGGUGAAAAAAUCCCACUUAAAUGGACAGUGUUUGAGUUGUUUCUUAGGAAAAACAAAGAGAAGAGAAUUCUAAGCAGACAGGAGAUACAAAAUAUUUAUGAAUUUCAAUCAUUACGUGAUAACGAGAAAGAAGACAUGCUCAGAUAUUUUAAAGAGAUAGGAUUGAUUAUAUACUUUGCUGAACAGAAUCUUAAAGAAAAUGUCAUUGUAGAUGUUCAGUGGUUUAGCGAUGCGUUCACAAAUAUUAUAACAGAUCCAACUCAUGCUAGAGUAUCCUUCCAAAGAAGAAAGGAAUGGAAAAUUUUCAUGAACACCGGGAGAAUUACUGACUCAACACUUGUUAAUUUAUGGAAUGAAAAAAUGCCUUUAUAUGUAGAUCAUAAAGGUAUUAUUAUACCGUAUAUGGAAAAACUCGGCAUACUGGCCAUAAUGCACAGACAGGAAGGUGAUGAAGAAAAGAGUGACCUAAAGCUGGCGACAAGCAAAACUGAACCUGAGUACUAUAUCCCUAGCAUAAACAAGACUGAUUUUUUACCGGAACUCGGAGCAAUUAAUGGCAAUGUCAACAAAACCCCUGUUUUAGUAUUUUCUUUCAAAACGUACAUCCCCCAUUUCUUUUUCUUUAGACUUGUAGCUUUAUGCUUCUCUCUGUGGGAACCAUUACGUGAUGACCUACUCUGCAAAAAUGUUGCUUUUUUCAAAGACAAAGGUGGUGACCGAAACAUUGCUAUUGCAGUAAACAAAACGUCUAUUCAGUUGCAAGUGUUUACUCCGGAUAAAGCAAUCCAGCUGACAAAUGACAAAACCAAACAGAUCAGAUCAAAGAUUGAGAGGAUGAUGAAUAAAAUAACAUCUACAUUCCAUCACCGAGUUCUCUAUGAAGCUGGAUACCCGUGUAAGGAAAUAAAUAUCACUGAGGAGGAUGAGGAUUGUUUCUUAAGUGAGAAAACAGUAGCAGAACUGACAACCAACAAAAGAAUUUGCCCUCCUCAUGUACCUCAAACAAAGCAUGAGGGACACAAAAUUGUUCUUGACGAUUUGUUGUAUUAUUGGUACACGGGCACUGAUUAACGUACAAGAAGCGGCUUCCAUUGUUUCACAACAAUCUUAGCAUCUAAAGAAAUCAAGAAAGUGGAUUACUCUGAACAUUUUGCACAGCAACCUAUUAUUUUUCCAUACUUGGUAUUGAAUGAUAGUGCAUGUACAUAUAUUUUAACUGAUGUAGUCACGAAAAGAUGGAGAAAAAAAAUUACCAAGGACUUAACUCUGAUCCUUCGUUGACUUUCUUUUUGAGAAGAUAUGAGAUUGAUA